CAAAACAAAACCCAUUGAUUCAUUGAUUCACAGCCCCAAAUUCUGGACAAUUUCUUUCCCCUUCUUAUCUCUUCUAUAUAACCACGGAUUCCGCUCACCACACUUUCCAUCCACCAAACUCCAAAGCUCCAAACUUUCCAUCCCUCUGCAUGUUGGGUAUCUCUCAAAUUCUCAGCUUUCAUUCAUUCGCAUAACAAUUUCUCGGAGAGGGUGUUAACCCUGUGGUAGAAGAGUUGCUGACAUCACGGCUAUUCACGGAGCAUCUCGGGUUCUCUUUCAUGUCCGAACUGUACGACGCAAGGGUUGCGUAGUUGUCACAUCCAACCCUUCGCCGCACGGUGGGCGUGGUGCUCUGCCUUCUGAAGGUGGUAGCCCCUCCGACCUCCUCUUCCUCGCUGGUGGCGGUUCUUCUUCUUCUUCUUCCUCCUUCUUCUAGUUUAGUAGCUUAGAGUAGUUGCUUCUUUUUUUUCUGCUACUUUUUCUUCUUUUCUUAAGCCUCUGCUAAGUUAACUUCAGCUGCAAAUUUAGUGAGAUCUUUGUGUUCUUCUUCUUCUUGUUCUUGUUUGCUUUGUUUGGGGUUUUUUUGUGAGUGAGAGAAAAAAAAAAGAAAGAAGAGAAGAUGUUGAGAAUUAAGAGGGUUCCUACUGUUGUUUCUAAUUAUCAAAAAGAGGAGGGUGGAGAGGCUACUCGCCCUGUUGGAGGAUGCGGUCGUAACUGUCUCAAAAGCUGCUGCAUUCAAGAGGCAAAGCUUCCUUUGUAUGCCUUCAAAAGGCUUGAGAAAGCUAAAGGGAAGGACUUGGCACUCCAAGAAUGUGGGGAGCCUCCUGUGGCCUUCUUGGAUUCACUUAUUCUUGGGGAGUGGGAAGAACGUAUGCAGAGAGGGCUUUUCCGGUAUGAUGUUACUGCCUGCGAAACCAAGGUGAUUCCGGGCGAGUAUGGCUUCAUUGCACAGCUGAACGAGGGACGCCACCUCAAGAAGAGGCCGACUGAGUUCCGUGUCGACAAGGUCCUGCAGCCUUUUGAUCAGAACAAGUUCAACUUCACUAAAGUUGGCCAGGAAGAGCUCCUCUUCCAAUUCGAGUCCAGCGACGAUGGGGAAGUCCAGUUCUUUCCAAAUGCUCCAAUUGAUGUUGACAAUUCUCCUAGCCUUGUUGCUAUCAAUGUGAGUCCUAUUGAGUAUGGGCAUGUGCUACUGAUUCCCCGGAUUUUCGAGUGCUUGCCCCAAAGGAUUGAUCACGAGAGCUUCUUGCUUGCACUUCACAUGGCAGCAGAAGCUGGAAAUCCAUAUUUCCGUCUGGGUUACAACAGCUUGGGCGCUUUCGCCACUAUUAACCAUCUUCAUUUCCAGGCUUAUUACUUGGCUGCACCCUUUCCAAUUGAGAAGGCUCCAACUAAGACAAUUGCCAAAUCGAACGCUGGCGUGAAGAUCUCUGAACUCCUGAAGUAUCCUGUUAGAGGUCUCGUCUUUGAGGGUGGUGAUACACUGGAAGAUUUGGCGAACAUUGUUUCGGAUGCUUGCAUUUGCCUUCAGAACAACAACAUACCUUACAAUGUUCUCAUUGCUGAUUGUGGAAAACAAGUCUUUCUGUUGCCACAGUGUUAUGCAGAGAAACAAGCUCUUGGAGAAGUGGAUGCUGAGCUUCUUGACACCCAAGUGAACCCUGCCGUGUGGGAGAUUAGCGGCCACAUGGUUCUGAAGAGGAAGAAGGAUUACGAAGAGGCAUCCGAAGCCAAUGCUUGGAGGCUUCUCGCAGAGGUCUCGCUUUCUGAGGCGAGGUUUGAAGAGGUCAAUGCUCUUAUCUUUGAAGCCAUUGCCUCUUUUGAGUUGGAAGUCAAGGCUGAAACCACCGAGGAGGAAGUCAAUGCAGCGAAAUCAAAGGCUCGUCCUGCCAAGGCCAUGGUAGCUGGUACACAAGAAUGCCUUGUUCUUCAGUAACAAGGUUUUCAUUAUUCAUGUCAACAACAAACAUUGCUACAAUUAUUCUUCUACCUUCUAGGUAGAAGCUACUUUUCAAGUUUCAUUAUGUUGUGCCUUAAUGAACCAAAUAAGCAAGUAUGCUAUGUAUGCAUGUUCUUGCUUUUGUGUGGCUUUGUGUUGCUUUGUUAUGCUUUACGCCGUCUUUUGACUUCGUAAUAUGUAAUAACUACUCUCAUGUAGCUGUUUGAUCCAUGUAGUCGACUCUGGCUACCUAGUGGGAUAAGGCGAUGUUGUUUCUGUAAUAACUGCUCUCAUGAGCUGAAUGUUGAUUUGUAAGUGCUCGUCGAGUAAUGAAAUUGCUUGACAUGAUGUAUGAAUAUACCUAAUUCUUCA